CCGCCGCCGCCGCCGCCAUGUUGGCGGGUCCCAGCCACAGGCGUCGCCAGAUGUUUCCCAGCAACGCCCCGGCGCGCCGCGUCGCGCAAGCGCACUGCAUGUGCCGCGCUAGCGUGCGGAGCGGGGUCAAAGAGCACGGGGGCGGUGCCUCCGCUGAGCCGCGCGGCGCGUGCAAGAUGGCGGACAAAGAGAAGAAGAAGAAGGAGAGCAUCUUGGACCUAUCCAAGUACAUCGACAAGACGAUCCGGGUGAAGUUUCAGGGAGGCCGCGAAGCCAGUGGAAUCCUGAAAGGGUUUGACCCACUCCUCAACCUUGUGCUUGAUGGCACCAUCGAAUACAUGAGAGACCCUGAUGACCAAUACAAGCUUACAGAGGACACGCGCCAGCUGGGCCUGGUGGUGUGCAGGGGCACCUCAGUGGUGCUCAUCUGCCCGCAGGAUGGCAUGGAGGCCAUUCCCAACCCCUUCAUCCAGCAGCAGGAGGCCUAGCAGGCGGAGGGCGCAGACACGGAUGCCGGCAGACUUGGAGCUGUCCCUCCUGCCUUCAAUGCUGCCCGCAGAAAUGGAACUUCCCUUUUUGUAUAGGUUAUUUUUUGUUUUCUUAAUAAAAUUGCAAAUCUCU